GGUUUUCCACUGGAAAAUUUGGCUGACUUUCCCCGCGAUUUCCAAAAGCAAGCGUGGGCAAACUGCACAGCUGGCGCCCGGUGCACUUGGCUCCGAUCCUGGUACCGCGAGGGCGUGUCUUGCGGUCCGGACGUCUCCUCCGCGUCUGGCCGGACCUCAGCUGGUGCCCGGCCCUGCGUAGAAGCAGGCACAGAUCCCACGUCCUCGGAUUGAAUUCCGGUCCGUGGGAAACACGAACUCCGCGGUGCACAGGCCCGGGUCUGAGCAGAGAAGCGUGAGUGUGCACUUGAACUGAAAGCACAGUUUGGAAGGGGGUAUGAGAGCUGGCUUCAUCCCCGAGCACAUCUCUGUGAAGGUUUCUUGGCUUGGGAAGGUGAUGUUAUUUGGCCACCAUCUGAGGAAGACCUCAGUGUGGGGUUGUCCUGGAUUUCUCAUUUCACCACCUAAAGUGUCUCAACUGUAGCCCAGGUUGGACUGGAACUCACUGUGUAGCCCAGACUGACCUCAAACUUGUGGCAGUUCUGCCAUCAGUGCUGGGAUUACAGACCGAAUCCCUCUGUGGAACUUCUAAACAUCUUUUAUUAGCGAAGACGUUUCCUACAGGAUGAAAUCAACUUAAUUUGGACAGGUAUUGCUGUGACUCUGGUUUUUCUGCUAUGCUCUCCAACCUUGCGGUCUGAGGAGCGUGGGGCUAUUGUGAUGACAAUAUGACUUAUAGUAAAGGAAGCUCUCUUACGGAUGAAGCAAGUGGCAGUCCAGAUUUCGGAGGAGGUUUUGCAGAUUGGACUUUAAAUUUAAAAACAAUUCAAUCUGAUAAGUUUUUAAACUUCCUGUUAAGUAUGGUUCCAGUCAUCUACCAGAAAAACCAAGAAGACAGGCACAAAAAGGCAAAUGGCAUUUGGCAGGAUGGAUUGUCAAGUGCAGCACAGACCUUCAAUAACAGAACUGAGCAACACCUGGACUAUCACGAUUUCUCAGAGCAGGCUUUCCACGGCAGCAGUGGGCACGCACCAUCAAGCUGCAGCCCCAGGUACGAUGACUAUGCCAACUAUAACUAUUGUGAUGGAAGAGAGACUUCAGAAACCACUGCCAUGUUACAGGAUGAAGAUCUGUCCAGUGAGGAGGAGGAUGUUAUUGUGGAAACAAACCAAAAAUUGCCAAAGGAGUCUAGUGGCAUCAUGGCAUUGCAAAUACUUGUGCCAUUUUUGCUUGCUGGUUUUGGAACAGUUUCAGCUGGCAUGGUUUUGGAUAUAGUACAGCACUGGGAGGUGUUCAAAAAUGUAACAGAAGUUUUCAUUUUAGUUCCUGCACUUCUUGGUCUCAAAGGGAAUUUGGAAAUGACGUUGGCGUCCAGAUUAUCCACUGCAGUAAAUAUUGGGAAGAUGGAUUCACCCAUUGAAAAAUGGAACUUAAUAAUUGGUAACUUGGCUUUAAAGCAGGUUCAGGCAACAGUGGUUGGUUUUCUAGCAGCAGUGGCAGCAAUUAUAUUGGGCUGGAUUCCGGAAGGGAAGUAUUACCUCAGUCAUUCUGUGCUCUUGUGCUCCAGCAGCGUGGCCACCGCCUUCAUUGCGUCUCUUCUGCAGGGAAUAAUAAUGGUUGGAGUUAUCGUUGGCUCAAAGAAGACAGGUAUAAAUCCUGAUAACGUGGCUACACCCAUUGCUGCUAGCUUUGGGGACCUUAUAACUCUGGCCAUAUUAGCUUGGAUAAGUCAGGGUUUAUACUCCUGUCUCGAGACAUAUUACUACAUCUCUCCAUUAGUUUGUGCCUUUUUUUUGGCUCUGACUCCUAUCUGGAUUAUAAUAGCUGCCAAGCAUCCAGCUACAAGGACAGUUCUCCACUCAGGCUGGGAGCCCGUCAUCACAGCUAUGGUGAUAAGCAGCAUUGGGGGCCUUAUUCUGGACACAACUGUAUCUGACCCAAACUUGGUUGGGAUUGUUGUUUACACGCCAGUUAUUAAUGGUAUUGGUGGCAAUUUGGUGGCCAUUCAGGCUAGCAGGAUUUCUACCUACCUCCAUUUACACAGCAUCCCAGGAGAACUAGCUGACGAGCCCAAAGGUUGUUACUACCCAUUUAGGACUUUUUUUGGUCCAGAAGUAAAUAAUAAGUCUGCCCAAGUUCUACUGCUUUUAGUGAUUCCUGGACACUUGAUUUUCCUCUACACUAUUCACUUGAUGAAGAGUGGCCACACUUCUCUGACUGUAAUCUUCGUAGUUGUGUACUUGUUUGCUGCUGUCCUGCAGGUGUUCACGCUGCUGUGGAUCGCUGACUGGAUGGUUCACCGCUUCUGGAGGAAAGGAAAGGACCCGGACAGCUUCUCUAUCCCUUACCUGACUGCGCUGGGUGAUCUGCUCGGGACAGCUUUGCUGGCCUUAAGUUUCCAUUUUCUCUGGCUUAUUGGAGACCGCGAUGGAGAUGUGGGAGACUAAUGAGUGCUGCAAGCUGGCAGCGAGUUGCCCUGGAGGAAAACACGGGGCAGCACUGCUGCUCCCUCCUGGAGCCCUUCUGUCUGGCGUGUGACUUCUGCAGGGUAGUCUGUGGCUCACCCUGAUUCCAUUAAAUGGCCUUAACACACUUUUUGAGGAAUUUGUGCUGAAACCAGAAUGAACGGUAUUUGUGCUGCCUUUUGUAGAAUAAGUAAUUCGACUUAGACAUAGAA